GGAAGGACAAAAGUAAGGACAGGAGGAAGGAAGGACAAAAGGAAGGACAGAAGGAAGGAAGGACAAAAGUAAGGACAGAAAGAAAGAAGGACAAAAGUAAGGGCAGGAGGAAGGAAGGACAAAAGGAAGGACAGGAGUAAGGAAGGACAAAAGGAAGGAAGGACAGAAGUAAGGACAGAAAGAAAGAAGGACAAAAGUAAGGACAGUAGGAAGGAAAGACAAAAGGAAGGAGAGAAUGAAGGACAAAAGGAAGGAGAGUAAGAAGGAAGGACAAAAGGAAGGAGAUAAUGAAGGAAGGACAAAAGGAAGGAGAGUAGGAAGGAAGGUCAAAGGAAGGAGAGAAUGAAGGAAGGACAAAAGGAAGGAGAGUAGGAAGUAGGAUUCUACGAGAAUAAAGUCGUAAAUCUACGACAAUAUGUCCUUCAGGAUUUGAUGACGUAGCUUCUUUGAAAUCCAGCUGUUGAAGGAUCCGUCUUCAACUCAGAGGAACACAGACUGACACUGCAGAAAGGUAAGGACAGAAGGAAGGACAAAAGUAAGGACAGAAAAAAAGGAAGGAAGGACAAAGGUAAGGACAGAAGGAAGGACAGAAAAAAGGAAGGAGAGAAUGAAGGACAAAAGGAAGGAGAGUAAGAAGGAAGGACAAAAGGAAGGAGAGAAUGAAGGACAAAAAGAAGGAGAGUAAGAAGGAAGGACAAAAGUAAGGACAGGAGGAAGGAAGGACAAAAGGAAGGACAGAAGGAAGGAAGGUCAAAAGUAAGGACAGAAGGAAGGAAGGACAAAGGUAAGGACAGGAGGAAGGAAGGACAAAAGGAAGGACAGAAAGAAAGAAGGACAAAAGUAAGGACAGAAGGAAGGAAGGACAAAAGGAAGGACAGAAGGAAGGAAGGACAAAAGGAAGGAAGGAAGGACAAAAGUAAGAACAGAAGGAAGGAAGGGCAAAGGACAGAAGUAAGGAAGGACAGAAGGAAGUACAGAAGGAAGGAAGGACAAAAGUAAGGACAGAAAUAAGGAAGGACAAAAGUAAGGACAGAAGUAAGGAAGGACAGAAGGAAGGUAGGACAGAAGGAAGUACAGAAGGACAGAAGGAUGGACAGAAGGAAAGUAGGACAGAAGGAAGGAAGGAAGGAAGGAAGGAAGGAAGGUAAUGAGGAACUGACUCCGCCUCCUUCUGCUUUGUGGUCCAGUAUGAAGUCAAACAGGAAAUGGCUCCUACUGGUCCUGCUGGCCUGGCUCCUCCUCUUCCUGUCCCUGCUCUGUCAUUUCCUGGACCUCAGAUCCUCCUUGCUGCCUCGAUCCAGAUCUGCCGCAGAGUCCCAACCCACCAGGUCCGAAACCCGCCGGCUGGCCUCCGUUCAGGGGGGGCUGAGGACCCAGAGAUCUGCGGGGGAGUCGGUGGCGGACUGGAGGAGGAGGAGGAGGACUGAGUACAGGUCCAGGUCUCAGGACGUCCACAUUUCCAGGUCUGAGGAUGACUACAGGGCCAGGUCUGAGGAGUACUACAGGUCCAGGUCUCUGGAGCUGCUGCAGAGACUGUGGAGUGGGAACCUGACGGCGGGGAUGCUGAGUCCUCGUCUCCAGAAGGUCCUGAAGGUGCAACUGAGCUCCAACAGGCACCAGGUGGUGCAGCGGGGUUCCAGGGGGGUCCGCAGGUCCGGCCCGCAGCUGUACUGUGAGCUGAAGAGGAGGACCAGGGUCCGGACUGUGGACGGGACCGAGGAGCCGUUUGCCAGUCUGGGCUGGGACCGCUUGGUGCCUUCACUGUCCCUGCAGGAGCUCCGGACAUCUCAGUACCAGCGCUGCGCCGUAGUGACGUCAGCCGGAGCCGUCCUCAACUCGUCUCUAGGGAUGGAGAUCGACUCCCAUGAUGCAGUUCUUCGCUUCAACGCGGCGCCCACCAGAGGCUUCGAGAGAGACGUAGGGAACAAGACCACCAUCCGCAUCAUCAACUCCCAGAUCGUGGCUCGGCCCAAAUAUAACUUCAGCAGCAGCUCGUUGUAUCAAGACGUCAUCCUGUUGGUCUGGGACCCGGCUCAGUACGACGCCAACCUCACACAGUGGUUCCAGAGGCCGGACUUCGAUCUGUUCUCGGCGUACAUUGAGCGCCGUCGCCUCCGACCCGAGCAGCCAUUUUACAUCCUGCACCCGCAGUUCAUCUGGAGCCUUUGGGACCUGAUCCAGGACAACACCGAGGACCCCAUCCAACCCAACCCGCCCUCCUCUGGGUUCACAGGUAUCCUGCUGAUGAUGUCACUGUGUCGUGAGGUCAGUGUGUACGAGUUCAUCCCGUCUCUGCGUCGCACCGACCUGUGUCAUUACUACGAGCGUUACCAUGACGCCGCCUGUACGCUGGGAGCGUACCACCCUCUGAUGUACGAGAAGCUGCUGGUCCAGAGGAUCAACGUGGCAGACCAAGACCAGCUCAGGAGGAGGGGCAGGGUCACGCUGAGGGGGUUCAGUACGGUCCACUGUGGGUCAUGAUCCAGGAUGUAGAUGACGGGGUUAAUGACGGUGCUGCUCUUGGCGAGGAUCGAUGGGACAACGGCGGCGACGGGGCUGACGACUCCUGGCCGGCCGAAGGUGGCCAUCAUGGCGACGACGCCGUACGGCAUCCAGCAGAGCAGGUAACACACCACCGUGGUGACGACCAUGAACAGGAUGUGGAACUCUCUGCGACGAGCCGCCGUGCGCCUGAUACGACCCACCUGACAGGCGAAACACAGGUGAGAACCCAACAGGCUGAAGUUGAGGGAUGAGGAAAACGAGUAAACAUGAAUAAAAAUAAUAAAAUAAAUAUAUAAAUAUUAGAGGAAAUUUAUAAAAGAAAAACAUGCAAAAAAAAAAAAAAAAAAUAGGACACAAAAUAAAUAAAAAUAAAAACAGGACAUUUAAAUAAAACCAAAAAAAAUUAAAUAGAAAAUACACAUUUUAAAUUCACAAAAAUUAUAAACUUAUUAAAAAUAUUUAAGAUUUUUUUUGACAUAUAUAAAAAGAAAACAACAAAAAGAAAGAUGCAACAAAGAGUAAACAAUAGAAAAAAUAAGAGAUGAAUAAAAUAGAAUAAAACACAUAAUAAACUUAAUAAUAAAGUGUAAACAAUCAAAUAUCAUUAAAAAGAUCUAUAUUAAGUAUGAAAAGAAAAUGAUAAAAGAAUAGGAUAUACAUAAAAAAUAAGUAAACAAACAAAAGAAAUAACAGUGGAGUAUUAUCAAUCAAUCAAUCAAUUUUAUUUAUAAAGCCCAAUAUAACAAAUCACAAUUUGCCUCACAGGGCUUUACAGCAUACGACAUCCCUCUGUCCUUAUGACC